AUGCAUGCUGCAUCCCUCAUACUCGUUUGCUACUUUAUAUCAGCAGCACCGGCGGAGCCACCGCAAAAGAAGCCGCACACGCGAGGCAAGAAUCUGCCAACACCAGGCAGACGCGCCGAUCCUCGAGUGCUUCUGGAGAGGGCGUAUGCGUACCACGACGCCGUGAUGGGUACAACCAGAACAGACCACACAUACGCACACGCACACGCACACGCACGAGUUAUUGCGGAAGGGGAGCACCUUGCACCGACACACCCAGCACACACGCACGCACACGCACACACUGCCGGUGGUAGCAUAGGGAUGGCUCAGGCGACGCAGAAUGCGAGUAAGAAUACGCAGAGCGGUGGGGGUGGGAUAGAGGGAGGGUUAGGGCCGGACAGCACCGCACACGUGGCGAAUGGGGCGGCUGGGGAGGUAAUGGCAGCGGAUGUUAAUAGCACAACCCACGCCGCUAAUGACGUUGGUGGUAGCGGUAGUGUUGGUGUUGGGGAGACAGUGGCAGAUGGUACUAGUAGCACAAGUUUAGCCUUGCAUGGUAUGGGGGGUGGGGUGUUAGAGGAGGCUGCGAGUGCGCACAAGGCCAGAGAGGCCGAGACGGUUGCGAAGGUCAGUUCGGCACCUGCGGAGGAACAGACUGGGCUGGGGUUGGAGACGGAUGAGACUCUGGACGACGAGAUUGUGGGCGAAAUGAGCGAAACCGGGGAGAGGGACUCCCCAGAGCCGGCGAGUGGACCGGUCCAAAAAGAUCUGGAUUCGGGUGCAGCCGGCGUGGGCAGUCCACUGGGUACUACACUGAGUGCGAGUGUAGAGGCGGAGAAGGAGGAGAGAGAGAGAGAUGGUGUUCAGGGGGCGAGUCAUAGUAUGGGUGUAGUGGACUAUAGUAGUGAUGAGGAUGAGGCCGCCACCACCAAGAAUGCCCCAGACAAGAGCGCCGACGGACCGAUCCCAAACAAGGACACCGUUCCGGUGAGGACUACCGCGGCAACGGAUACAGGUACACAGACAGUUGAGAAAGGAACGGUUGCUAUGGAGACCACAGAAGUAACUACACAGACGGCUGACAGAGGCAUAGGUGCUACAAAGGAUGCAGCAACUACACCUGAGACCUCUAUGACGAGUGGAGCCACGGGUGUGGCCAAGGCGAAGUCCCCUGUUCCCGAGACAGCUAGGCCGGUUGUACCUGGCGUCAGCACGAUGGCCCCAUUUGAAACAAGUAGGGGCACUACGCACGAGGCCACUGGCCCCAGUGCACCUGAAACGAGCGCACCUGGACCGACCAAAACUGGAACGGUUGAGGGCAUUGCACACGUAGGUACAGAGACUGCGUCUGGCGACUCGACUGGGCCUAGUAAGGGACAUAUACCGAACGGCUCAGCCGGUGUACAAGAAAGCAAUGGUCCAAUCCCCAAGAUGUCACAACCAAUUCCCAUUGCUAAGGAGAGUGCGGGCGACACUGCCGCCGGGGUAGCCCCGGCCAAACAACCCACCGCGUUGCCUAGCAACGGCAAGGAGCCGAGUGUGAAUGGUGCGACAUAUACAAGCAGUGAUGGCGGGGGACAGAAGACCGAGACGAAUGACGUUGGACAGGAUGAGAGUUUACCCGAUAAUUGCCCGGAUCAACCUGGGUAUUUCUUGGAGGGCUAGAAGUC